AUGCCUUAUCUGCCGCUGCUGCCGGAGCUGGUGUCCUGUGAGCCGGACAGCAGCGUCGGGCUGGAAAAGGUCCAAGGCGCUAGAAGCGGCCUUCUGCGCUGGCAGUCUGCAGCUGGGAGCGGACGGGUGGAGCUUGUCAUGUACCUUGAUGAAUGGCUCGACGCAAGUACGAGUGGUACGAUCGAGCAGGUGGUGGUGCAUGUGCAUGGCAAAGAGAGGCAAGCUGACGCUGCGUGGGUCGACAUGGCCACGGCACGAUCUCGGGUCUCGAGGUCAGACCGAACGCGAACGCUUAUCGUAGCGCCUCGAUUCUUGAAUGGACUCGACAAGGCUGCAGUCGCAAAACUGGACUCGACUGCGUUGCUUGUGUGGAAGUCCAACGGUUGGGGGGAAGGAUCGCCAUCCGUCCAUCCGAAACAGCAAGACGGAGUAUCAUCAUUCGAGGCGCUUGAUGCGAUUGUGUGCCACUUUGCCAGCCGAAGCAGCUACCCACGGCUGGGCAGAGUCGUGCUUUCUGGUCAUAGCCUGGGCGGACAACUGGUGCAUCGGUAUUCGAUUCUCGGAUGUCCACCGCUGACUUGGCAGCAGCGGCAAGCGUUGGUGGUUGAGUAUGUUGUGAUGAAUCCUGCGAGCUAUCUCUACUUUACACCGGAACGAGCUGGUCCGCCUGCUGCUGGUAUGAAUGUGUACAAGUACGGCUUGGAAGACAUCGGUACAAAGCUGUCUACCUAUCGAGGUCUGCCGGACCAUCGAGAUGCGCGCUUUUGGCUGCACCGAAUGCUUGGGGAGCGACGCAUCCACUUUGUGCACGGAGAAAACGACCGGGGUGUGGGAGACGAUCGACCUGAGGCGAUGGCACAAGGAGCGAAUCGAGUCGAACGUGCGUGCAACUAUCAUGCGCAUCUACAGCAGUUACAAUCGAUGCACGCGACCCAAAAAUGCCUCUGGACCGCAAACUGGGUACCUGGUGUCAAACAUGACGGCAGAGCCGUCACCACAUCUAAUGUCGCCAUCGCACGAAUCUUUCCGUUUGACACUGCAUGA